GAUCUCCAUCAUUAUUUUCUCAUCUCUUCUUAAGCUGCAGAUAUACCAAUGAGGUAAUAUUUACAUACAUAUAUUUCUUUUGUAUAUACGUACAGCCGUCAUCAUGACACCGGCUAUUCGUAUAAUCCCACGUGCUUCCACGAGGGCAGUCAAUCUGCUGAGGGCGGUGCAGUUCACUCACCCUCCCUCGUGUCCAUGCCAUUCCAACCCAGGCCACCAUCACCACCAGCACCAACGGGGCCCGCAUGAAGCUGUGCGACGCUAUGCCACACCACAGGACGACUCGCAGCUCAAGGAGUACGCCUUCGAGAUGGCAGCCUCGUCCAUCCGAUUUGGGCCUGGCGUCACCCGCGAGGUCGGCAUGGACUUUAGGAACAUGGGCGCCAAGCGGGUCUGCGUCGUGACGGACGAGACGGUCGACAAGCUGACGGCCAUGGACCAAGUGCGCGAGGGCCUGACUAAGGAAGGGGUCAAUUUCAGGGUGUAUAACAAGACGAGGAUAGAACCCAAGGACAGCUCUAUCCGCGAUGCCAUAGACUGGGCCAAGCCCUUCGACCCAGACGCCUUCCUGGCCGUGGGCGGCGGCUCCGUCAUCGACACCGCCAAGCUGAUGAACCUGUACACGUCCUAUCCCGACGCCGACUUCCUCGACUUUGUCAACGCGCCUCUGGGCGCCGGAAAGCCCAUCGACAAACCCCUCAAGCCCCUCGUCGCCGUGCCCACCACCGCAGGCACCGGCUCCGAGACCACAGGAACCGCCAUCUUCGACCUCGUCUCCCGCCGCGCCAAGACAGGCAUCGCCCACCGCAACCUGAAGCCCACCCUCGGCAUCUGCGACCCCUUGAACACGAGCACCAUGCCUGCCGCCGUCAAGGCCAGCUCCGGGCUCGACGUCCUGUGCCACUCCCUCGAGAGCUGGACGGCCAUCCCCUACACCGAGAGGGUCCCGCGCCCUGUUAAUCCCAUCCAGAGGCCUGCCUACCAGGGCGCGAACCCCAUCAGCGACAUCUUCUCGCUCAAGGCCCUCAGGGACUGCGUCAAGUACCUCCCUCGCGCCGUCAAGGACCCGGAGGACAUGGAGGCCCAGAGCCAGAUGCUGCUGGCCGCCACGCUGGCUGGCGUUGGUUUCGGUAAUGCAGGUGUGCACCUGUGUCAUGGCAUGUCCUACCCAAUCUCAGGUCAAAACCCAGGCUACAAACACGCCGGCUACGAGGUCACCACCCCCAUCAUCCCCCACGGCGUCUCCGUAGCCGUGACAUCCCCGGCCGUCUUCCGGUUCACCGCCGCCUCCAAUCCAGACCGCCACCUCGAGGCCGCCGCCUGCUUCGGCGUCGACAUCAGCAACGUCAAGCGCGCCUCCGCCGGCGAGGUCCUGGCCGACGCACUGCGCCGCUUCCUGGAUGACCUCGGCGACCAGCCCACCGGCCUGCGGGCCCUGGGGUUCGGGACGGAGCACCUGGAUGAGCUGGUGGAGGGGACGAUUCCGCAGCAGCGGGUGCUGAUGCUGGCGCCGAACUUGGCGCGCGAGCUGGAGGCCGAGAGGGAGCAGCUGCGGGGUUUGUUUGAGGCGUCCAUGUGAUAGAACAAGAAUGCUUUUUCUUCUUCUUUUGGGUGUCCUUUUGAAUUGAUCAUAGGAGGUGGGGGAAAAGAAAACAAAGAGGGCAUUUGUUGCAUUAAAAAAAGACUCCCGGCACAGUUGGACUGUAAAUACUUCAUGAAAGUAGGAUAUGUGUUGUUACAGUUUUGUGCCGAUUGUGAGAGUAGUCGGACGACACCUCAUCAGCUCUUUGACAUACUCAAGUGUAGUUGGGCACGUGCCUCGCAAGACC